CCCGCAAGCAACCAGCAACCAGCAACCAGCACCACAACCACGACCACCACCCCACUGCCACAUCACCACUCGUACACCACCACCAAAUCUCCACUCACUCACAACCAUGUCGCUCUGGAACAGCGACACGAUCAAAGAUGUCUCCGAAUCCGUGGGCAUCGGUAACCUCAACGACGAGGUCGCUAACAACCUCGCGAUGGACGUCGAGUACCGGAUCCACCAGGUACUACAGGAGGCGCUGAAGUUCAUGCGACACAGCCGACGGACGGUGCUAGCUACCACAGAUAUCUCGCAUGCGCUGCGCGUACUGAACGUCGAACCGCUGUACGGAUACGACUCGCAGCGACCGCUGCGGUUCGGCGAGGCUUCGGUGGGCCCCGCUCAACCCAUAUACUACGUAGAGGACGAGGAGGUCGACUUCGAAAAACUUAUAAACGCCCCGCUACCGAAGGUGCCGAGGGAGGUUACGUUCACGGCACACUGGCUCGCGAUCGAGGGUGUGCAACCAGCGAUUGCACAGAAUCCUACGCAGGCGGAGGCGGCACGAUUGUCGGAGGGUACACCCAAGGGGUCAAACACUACAUCGUCGCUCGCGGCGACAGCGGGGAACAGCGAGAAUGCCACGGUCAAGCCGUUGGUCAAACAUAUUCUGUCCAAGGAGUUACAGCUAUACUACGAGCGGAUCUGCACGGCGCUCAUGGACGAGUCGAACGAGCAUCUUCACGGCGCGGCGCUGUCGAGCUUGAGACACGAUCCGGGACUGCACCAAUUGUUGCCGUACUUUUUGCAGUUUGUCGCCGAGAAGGUUACGCAGAAGUUGAGGGAUAUGUUUGUGUUAAAUCAGAUGAUGCAUCUAACGCAUGCGUUGCUGGAGAACGAGAACCUGUUUAUCGGGCCCUAUGUGACCUCCAUCAUUCCCCCCAUCCUGACAUGUCUCGUCGGCAAGCGACUCGGCGACCCAUCUACAAACCACCAUUUUCACCUUCGAAACUACGCCGCCAGCCUGAUCAAGCUCGUCUGCAAGCGCUUCGGCGAGUCAUCACACACCCUCCGGCCCCGCCUCACUCGCGCAUGUCUGAAGCACUUCCUCGACCCGUCCAAGCCCCUGGGUACACACUACGGCGCGAUCGUUGGCCUCGCCGCAAUCGGCGGCCGAGAAUCCGUGCGGGUCCUCAUCCUACCCAACCUCAAACUCUACGAAAAAGUGUACCGCCCAGAGAUUGAGGACAACACACCGAAGAAGGCGGAUGCAGAGAUGGUAGUGGAGGCGAUCUUCAACGUACUGGAGCUCCUCGAGCAGGACGAAACCGGCAUCCUCGUUAAGACCGAGGGCGUCGAUAUCAACGAGGAGACUCGGGAGGCGCUGGUAAAGAAGGUUGGCGAUGUCGUUGCCGACCGCGUGUGGAAGUCCGGGAAGAUGGGACUGGUUGCGGCGAUAUUGGAGGCGAGGUUGGGGACUGCCGGUGCGGGCGCGCACGAGAAUUGAUGAUUAUCUGUAUCGUAUGCAUGUACAUGGGCUGUUAUGAUUUCGGAUUCGGCGCGGAAAUACGCGGGACUGCACGUAAUUUUAGCGAGAUGCCAGUUUUGUUUUUUUUUCGAUAGUGGAUGGUGGAUUUGUAUGUUUCGGAGGUGCUGGCUGAUGACGGCGAAGUCGGGAUCGGGGGAUCGGGGGAGCUGAGUCUGAGCUGACACGCGAAGGUUAGGGAGGGACCCGUGCCGAUUUUCGUGACUCCAUGUAGUUAUGAGCCGGCACAGGGUGGCAGCUAGCUGAAAUAAAUCUUGGCACUGUGGGGCAAAACGUUCCAACGAG